UGUGGAGCUUGUACCCCUGCACCUCUGUGGAUAUUACAUCUAUUCAGCUCUGCUCGCUUGUCUCUCUCGCUCUUUCCCUUGCUCUCUCGCCUGGAUCCAGACAUGUCCCUCUACCGGCAUUCAGGGCCGAGGAGCUACCUCAGCUCCACCAUGACUGACCGCUUCGACUGCUUCUAUUGCCGUGACAACCUGCACGGGAAGAAGUACAUAAUGAAGGACGAUAAGCACGUCUGCGUGCGCUGCUUCGACAAGCUGUGCGCCAACACCUGCGCUGAGUGCCGCCGCCCCAUCGGCGUCGACGCCAAGGAGCUGCACCAUAAGAACCGCUACUGGCACGAGGGCUGCUUCCGCUGUGCCAAGUGCUACAAGCCGCUGGUCAGCGAGCCCUUCUCCGCCGUGGACAACAAGGUCAUGUGUGAGAAGUGCAGCGCCCGGCAGGAUGGCACCCGCUGCCAGGCCUGCUACAAGGUGGUGAUGCCGGGCACCAAGAAUGUGGAGUACAAGCACAAGGUGUGGCAUGAGGAGUGCUUCACCUGCCUGACCUGCAAGGAGCCAAUCCGCUCCCAGAGCUUCCUGACCAAGGGAGAGGACAUCUACUGCGUCCCCUGCCAUGAGAAGAAGUUCUCCAAGCACUGCGCCUGCUGCAAGGAGGCCAUCACCUCCGGGGGGAUAACCUACCAGGAUAAGCCCUGGCACUCCGAGUGCUUUGUGUGCGACACCUGCCGCAAGCCCCUGGCCGGAACCCGCUUCACCUCCCAGGAGGACAAGGUGUACUGCGUGGACUGCUUCAAGACCUCCGUGGCCAAGAAGUGCUGCGGCUGCCAGAACCCCAUCACAGGUUUUGGCAGGGGGACCAACGUGGUGAACUACGAGGGGAACUCCUGGCACGAGUACUGCUUCAACUGCAAGAAGUGCUCCCUGUCCCUGGCCCACAAGCGCUUCGUGCUCAACGGCGAAGACAUCUACUGCGCCGACUGCGCCAAGAAGCUGUGAGCGCCGCGCUAACACGCUAACCAAGCCGCUAGCGCGAGCCGCCUGCUUCAGAGCAGCAGCUGAGAGGCGGGUCAGAACAUAGGGGUUUGGUAAGAGAGUCACACACACACACACACACACACACAGCUGUUUGGCUGGCUCUUUCCGUGCAGACGCAGUCAUUAACCUUUGAAUAAACUUCAGCCUACUUUAAUAGACUAUUUACCAUUUGCUUUGUGGGCAUGCAACAUUCAGUACACAGCUUUUGAGAGCUUAGCAUAAGAGUUAAAUUCCUUUUGGCCUUACUUGGGGACUAAUCCCGAUAUGUGCCUUAAUGGGGGUAUUUUAAAGAUAAAAUAGAAACAGUAAGCACAAGGGCUGUGGUUUUAUUGAUGCAAAUAUUCACCUUCUGUGACCUAACAUUUAACUAUUUAGCAUAAUUGUGGGCCUGUUUUCAAUCUCUGGCUCGCGUUUGCUUGCUAUGUAGGUUCCAGAUGAUUCCGCCUUCUGGAGAAAAAGAAGAGUCAUUUCCUUACAGCAUGUUGCAGUGGAAUUUAACAUUGUGGAAAUGUAAAAUCUGACUUACAAAAAAAAAUAAUAAAAGUGGUGAAAACUA